AGGAACCUGAACACCAUGGAGGGAGACUGUCUGAGCUGCAUGAAAUAUCUGAUGUUUCUUUUCAAUUUCUUUAUAUUUCUGGGAGGAGCAUGCCUGCUGGGACUGGGAAUCUGGGUCAUUGUGGAUCCCACAGGUUUUCGAGAGAUAGUGGCUGCCAACCCGCUGCUCUUCACGGGAGCGUACAUCAUGCUGGCCAUGGGAGCAAUGCUCUUCCUGCUGGGCUUCCUUGGCUGCUGUGGUGCCAUCCGUGAGAACAAAUGCCUCCUGCUAUUUUUCUUCAUGUUUAUUUUGUUAAUCUUCCUGGCGGAGCUUUCAGCUGCAAUCCUGGCUUUUAUAUUCAGAGAAAAUCUGACCAGAGAGUUUUUCACCAAGGAGCUGAAGAAGCAUUACCAGAGGAACAAUGACACGGAUGUCUUCUCUGCCACCUGGAACUCUGUUAUGAUCACAUUUGCCUGCUGUGGAGUGAAUGGACCAGAAGAUUUUGAAGCUAUUCCUCAUCUUCCAUACUCCUCUUUGGAAAAGGCAACAGUGACACCAGAGGCUUGUUGCCAGCGAGAGCUCCAGAGCCAGGAAGGGAUGUUUGUCAACAAGGAAGCUUGUCUAUCAGGCAAUGAGAGGUUUCAGAACCGGCAGGGCUGUUACACUGUGAUCCUGAACUCCUUUGAGACAUACGUGUACCUGGCAGGAGCUCUUGCCAUCGGAGUGCUGGCUAUUGAGCUGUUUGCCAUGAUUUUUGCUAUGUGUCUCUUUCGAGGAAUCCAGUAAAGAAGUGGCCCAUGAACCACCGUGUUCCCCACAUGCUCAGAAGUAAGAAGGAAAACCUGGAGAAACAAAACCUGAAAACACCCAAAAAACUUUAUUUUUUUUAGCAAAAUGGGACAGGGAGAAAAAAAAAAAAAGAAAAAAAAGGAGGGUUGUAAUAUAUGGAUGACCAAAAGGAUUGUACUUCAGGGGCUGGAACUUUGAGGUGAUGUGCACUACACUGUACACCGGACCCUUGCCCAGAGCCACCCGCAGCAACC